AUGGCGCGCAAAGACAAAGUCAAGCCGACCCAUUACCCCUUCAUACCAUUCCAUCUUCUGCGAAGCGCGCAGCUGGUGUCUUCCAUGGUAGUCGCGGGUAUCAUGUUCUACUUCCUCUGGCAUCUCACACAUGAUCACUACCGUCUACCGUGGACCUUCAUUCUGCUCCUCGCAGUCUCGCUAUUAACAAUACUUGCCUUGUCGACAACGAUAGUGCUCCACUGUUGCUGCGGAUUAAACCCUCGCUUGAACGUCUGUCUCAAUGGCGCCCUUCUCAUUCUGUGGUCCGUUGGGUUCGCCCUCCUGGCUUGGUGGAGCAGCGGCACCCUGUCCCAUGUGUGCAAUAAAUCCAACUGGGAGGACGAAACCGGCAUUAUGAUUUGCAGAAUCUACAAGGCGCUCUUCUCCUUCACAUUGCUUGGCUUCGUUUCCACCCUCUCAGCCGCAUGCCUGGACAUAUAUGUCUUCCGACGCGCCACCUCCCGCGGCAAGUAUAAUCAAAUGCAAAACGUGGACCACAAGGAGGCUUUUGAUGCCCCAGACCACGUCCUCGGACUUGAUUCAGUCCCACUUCAAACACAGCGACCCUACAACGAUGACCCUACAAAUUCAUCCAACCGCGGAUACAGUGUACCGGAGGAACAAUUCCAGUACGACACUGGAUAUCGUGGUGCGAGAGUACCAUGA